AUGGCGCCUGAAGUACUUCAGCAUCUCGCCACAGGUGGAGGAUCAUUCCCGGUAACCAAGAUGCAGGACCCCAAAGAGAAGUUUUACCGCCACUUCCAAGACGAGGUUGUCAUCCUCCAGGAGCAGAUCGACGGCAUCGGCUCUAUAGCCCAGGUCGGUGGUGAGAGGCAGGAUGCCAUUGAUCACAUUCUCGCCGGCAUCUCGAACCUUUCCAACGAGGUCGCCGAUGCCUCCGACUUUGUUCCGUCGUACGACCAGCGCAACUACGCUCAGGCUGUCAAGGCCCUCACAGACAAGCUGAAUGAGACCACAACGAAGCUCGCACCCCGCUCACGCUUCCAGUUCAAGCCCCGCGCCGCGAACACUGUCACCAGCGACCUAGCCGCCCCCAAGAACGACCCGCGCCUGCUCGUGGGAAGCUCUCUCGCGGACCCCUUGCCCGCCUCCCGCGGUGGGCCCAUCCUCGCCGCCGCUGCCGCCACCUCCCCGGGCGUGCAGGUCGAGAGCGAUGGCCUUGGCGAGCUUCCGUCCUUCCCCAAGAACUACAACGAAGAGAUGGCGCGGCCGAGCACCACCAAGGUGCGCAAGCCCAGCUUCUCCACCGCCAAGGAUAUUGCCAUCUUCGGCCAGGAGGGCCUGCACAUCAUCCUCCCGUCGUCGGCGUCGCGGGCUACGUCGUCCGGGCGGCUGACGGACCUGAAGGGGUGCGUCGUCGACAUGUCCCUGACGCUGUCUGGCACCACCUCGUUCGCGAACCUGGCGCUCAAGAACAUUGACAAGAGUCUGAUCGUCGCCGGCAACGUCACUGGGCCAACGCAUAUUACCGGCGUUUCGAACAGUGUCAUCGUCGUGUCCGCGCGGCAGGUGCGUAUCCACGAGUGCAAGAACGUCGAUAUCUACCUGCACUGCUCGAGCCAUCCUAUCAUCGAGGACUGCUCCAAUAUGCGCUUCGCGCCGCUGCCGGCCAGCUUUCACACCCCCGAAGACCCUGGCAAGAACCAGUGGGAUCAAGUUGAUGAUUUCAAGUGGCUCAAGUCGGAGCCUAGCCCGAACUGGAGUAUCCUGCCCGAGGAGCAGAGGCUGGCCGACGAGAUCUGGACAAAGGUUGUACCAGGCGAGCGUGGGAAGGACCUGCACGACAUCCUCGAGGCUGUGGGUGUCUCGAAGCAGUGA